GUAGGUCCAUAUAAGGUAAUGCUAUAUGCAACUUUUCCAUUAACAAGAGCCUAAUGGUAUGUUCUAAACUGAUCUGAAUGCUGUCUUGUGCUUGGAUGUGUCGCAGGUUCGGUCGGGCGUAACCCGGGUAUCUGCAGGAACGUGAUUCACACAGGUGGCAGAUAGCAGUCUCACCUCCACCCACACGCAGAAUGUGUGGAAGCUGAUGAACAAUAAUUGUUGUGGAUCCAGUUCUGUGACAGUGUGUGUGUCUGUGUGUUUGAUAGGAGAGAGAAUACAGGUGGGAGGGGAUAAACCUGGAGUUCCUUCCGAGAGGUUAAUAAGAGAGACGCAGGAUACGAGACUGGUGGAGGAUUAACACUGCUGCUCCAUCCAAAAAAGACAGACAGACUCUUGUGGAAAUUAGAGAUACUGGCUGCUGAGGUUCACGAAACAUGGAUACGCUUAGUCGAGACUCAUCUGGUGGCCCUUCCAACAUUCCAGAGUUGCGCUUAAUCCUGGUUGGCAGCAUUGGCUGUGGGAAGACCCUGACAGCUGACACGCUGCUGAAUGACAGCUCGAGCAUCAGCACCCUUAUACCAUCACGGCUGAGUGAGGUUCGGCGUGGAGUGUCAGAGGGACGGCACCUCAGAGUGGUUGAGACGCCACGCUGGUACUGGAAAGGCAAGCACGUUGACGUCAGCGUGCAGAGAGAGACAGAGAGGGCUCUCAGCCUGGUGGCACCAGGGCCACACGCCUUCCUCAUCCUGGUACCCGUUGGACAGGUCACUGAGAUGGAUAACCAAAUUCCCGCUGAGCUGGAGCGUGUGUUUGGCAGGGGCGCACUGGAACACUCCCUGGUGCUGCUCACAUGUGGAGAUUAUCUGAUAGGCCGAGACCACGAACGGUACAUGAGGCAGGAUGAGCCUAGACUCGGUCAAAUGGUGAAUGAGUGCGGAGGACGCUUGCAUGUGAUCAAUAACCGCAGACCAGAGGACAGACAGCAGGUCAGAUCAUUGCUGGAGAAGGUGGAGCAGCUGACCGAGAGCACCGGCGGCUGUUACCUGCCGACACCCAUGCAGAGAGAAGUCGAGGACCAACUGUAUGAGAAGGAGCGUGAGCUCCAGAGGAGGUACAGCCUGCGGGAGGAGGAGCUGGUGCAAUCAGAUCACAGCACGCUGACCCAGACAAUAUGGAGCAAUGAUGAGACAUCGGAGGAGUCACGGAGGAGAGGCAAAAUCAGAGUUAGGAGCAUGGGACCGACGACAGGGAGGGUGGUAUCGGAGCGGCUGGCCAAUGGGCUUCACUCUCAGUCGCCGUAUGAAGCCCCGCCUUUGGGACUCAAUCAGAAGCAAUCCAGUUUCAAACUGAGUAAAGAGGGCGCCAUUCUCAGUCAGCUGUCCGAGACAGAACAACCAGUCAGAAACCAGAACAGCCACAACUUCAUUAACAGCAUCCAUUACCACAUCAGCACCAUGGGUGACACCAGCUCUGCUUCACCUUCCAGCCCAUCACGAACAGAUGCCAUUACCUCCUACUCUCCCUCCUCUGCGACCUUCUCCUCAUUGUCUUCAACUGCCUUUUCCACUUCCUCCCCCUCUUCUAAUGCCUUGUCCUCUUACUCCUCCACUGCCAUCUCCUCUUCCCCUACCAAGGCUUCCUUCUCUUCAUCUUCUGAUGCCUUCUCAUCAUCCAAUGUUUUCCCCUCUUCUUCUCCCAGCACCAAAGCCUCCUUCUCUUCCUCUCCCAGCACCAAAGCCUACUCCUCUUCCUCUCCCAGCACCAAUGACUCCUCCUUUUCUUCUCCCAGCACCAAAGCCUCCUACUUGUCCUCCUCCACUGCCUUCUCCUCUUCUUCUCCCAGCACCAAUGCCUCCUUCUCAUCCUCCUCCACUGCUUUAUCCUCUCGCUCCACCACUGCCUCAUAUUCUUCCUUCUCCAGUGGUUCCUCAGAUGAACUGAAGCUGGUCCUGCUGGGUCGGACUGGGGCUGGGAAGAGUGCAGCUGGAAACGUCAUUCUGGGCCGAGAUGAGUUUAAGCUGCGUGGAGAUGAUGCCACUGGUGCCACCACACAGUCAUGUGUGAAAGGAACAGCUGUGAUUGGACAGAAACAAGUGACAGUGGUUGACACUCCAGACUGGUUCUGGCCAGGCUGUCCCCCAGAGAAGCUGGCAACACAUCUCUCCUCCUGUAUGGAUCUGUGUGCCCCAGGCCCUCACGCCUUUCUACUGUGUGUUCCUGUAACCCUGCCUGGCCGCUCACACUUGCAUGACCUGGGCUCUAUAAGGAAUUCAUUUGGCCCCCAUGCCAUCCUGCGUCAUACCCUGGUCCUCUUUACACACUCGGAUAUGCUGAAAGACGGAAAUGUGGAGGAAUACAUCGCAGCCAAGCGGCCUGAGUUGCUAGAGUUGGUGGAGAAGUGUGGUGACCGCUACCAUGUGCUGAAGCAAGGAAGGAAUGAAGGGAACAUAGAGGAACUGCUGGAGAAGGUGGAGCAGGUGGUGAAGGAGAACAGCGGAAGCCAUUACAGCUACCAGGGACAGGAGGAGUUUGGCAGAGAAAGGACGACGCAGUUGCGGAGAGGCAGAGGAGUAGAGGACGAUGUGGAUCGAGCCCUCUCAGCUACUCUGCAUUCUCUGAGAGAGGAAGAGGAAGUUGAGCAAGAAGAGAUUAAUGCAAAACCGGUGGAAUCCGCGGCCUCGUCGGUCACCUCUGUGCUCGGCUCUGUCCUUCGAUUUGUUGGGCAGAAGGUGGGCGAAGGUGCCAAGCAAGUGCCUAAGCUGGUGGCUGGAGGAGCAGUGCUCGGAGGUGUGCUUGGGCUGUACGUUGGAGGACCUGUAGGGGGUGCUGUUGGGGCUACAGCAGGAUCUGUAGCCGCAGAGUACGGAAGACGAAAAUACAACAAACCCAAAACAGACUGAUGGAUAAUAAUGGACAAAUUACUAAUGCAAUAAUGCUCAUAGUCUCUACAAUCUAUAAUUUAAUGCUAAAGCUGUUCUUGAUUAAUAUGAGUUAGCAAUAAAACAGCUAUAUACUCCAACAUUAUAACAGCUUCUUUUUGUACUACACAUAGACUUUAGUCAUUUUAGCCGUUUGUUCGACUGAGUGUUUCACUGACAAAGUGAAAGCACCAGAUGGACUAUUUGCAAUGAUACACAGUGAAAAAGCAAGCAUAAAGAAGUUGAACAGUAAAAACAUGUAAUUCUGAAUCUCAGUACUUAGUUGUACCAUGUCAGAAAGGAUAUUUCUUACCAAAAUUCUGCUAUUAAUUGAAGGUUUUUUAUCUCAGCUGAACAGUUCGUGAUUCACCACUAAUGUAAAGUUGGUCUGCUAUCUUAUAAUUCUGGUCUUUAAAUACAUUUUUGCUGGAAUGAUGCCUGUAGCCACACCUGUAGCCGUUUAAAAAAUAAAAUAAAACU